AGCCUACUGUUUUCAUCUGUAAACAACAAACAUCUGUUUACUGCGUGUUCAUGUGUGAAUUGUUUUAUAGAGUUAAUGAAUGUUGUAGCAAACACACUUGACUUCUUAACUUCAUUUACACAAGUGCGUGUGUCAUUCUGCAUUGGAAAAUGUGUACAAUUGAUGUGUGUAUUUUGGGUCUGUGUGUGUAAUGAAAUCUCCAUCUUGGCACUUCAGAGCUGUCGAUGGGUGUCUCAUUGGUGUCUUAGGACGUUCCCAGGGGGGUCGUAAGGAGGGUUUAAAAAUAGCCUGCGUCUCUCUCCCUUACACACACACACACACACACACACACACACACUCGGUCUCUUCUCUCUGUGCUGGUAAUGUGUGUAUUUUACUAUAGUCAUUAUGGGUAAAACAGAGUUGCACUCUGUGUGGAGGAGCAUCCUGGACUGUUUCUGCCUCUGUCUGUGUAGAUGUGGGAGUUGUGUGCGAGGCUGUGCUGUUAAAGAUGAUGAGGAGGGUCAUCUGAUCUAUGAGCCGGGUGAUGUGUUACAGGACAGAUAUGAGAUUGUGGGAACGCUGGGAAAGGGAACGUUUGGGAAAGUGCUGGAGUGUGUCGACCAUCGCAGGGGGGGCUCUCACAUCGCUCUGAAGAUCAUCAAGAAUGUGAAGAAAUACAGAGAAGCGGCUCAUCUGGAGAUCAAUGUUCUGGAGAACAUCAAACAGAAAGACCCGGAUCAUGAGAGUCUGUGUGUACAGAUGUCGGAGUGGUUCGACUAUCACGGUCACGUGUGUCUCAGUUUUGAGCUGCUGGCCGUCAGCACGUUUGACUUCAUGAAGCAGAAUCAUUACCUGCCGUAUCCCAUCAGUCAGGUCAGACACAUGGCCUAUCAGAUCUGCCUCGCCGUCAACUUUCUACACGACAACAAGCUGACACACACAGACCUCAAACCCGAGAACGUCUUGUUUGUGAACGCUGAAUACACAGUCACGUGUAACUCACAGCAGAAGAGAGACGAGCGAUGUGUCAAGAACACAACUGUGAGGCUGGUGGAUUUCGGCAGCGCCACAUUUGACCACGAGCAUCACAGCACUGUUGUUUCCACCCGACACUACAGAGCGCCGGAGGUCAUUCUGGAGCUGUCGAUGGGUGUCUCAUUGGUGUCUUAG